UGCAGAACGACCUUACGUGGCAGAAGAGCAGCUGUUUAUGUCAAAAUUACGUGUUGUGAUUGAGUCCGAUGAUAUUUAUUAAAUAUUUUAAGUAGAUAUGCCAAUAUUACAAUUUAUUAAGAGAUAUUAGAGUCGCCAAAAAUAUGAAUCCUCAGUAUAUGUCACAACCCCCACACCCUCAACAGUUGAACCCUCAGCCAGGUUAUGGUGGCUACCCUGGUCCUGCACAGGGCCCACCCCAGUAUAGACCUCAGCCUCCUCAGAAUGGUCCGGCUCAACCAGGUGGGUACCCUCCGCGGAUGCCGCCGAUGCAGAGACCUCCGAUGACUCAGCAGAUGCCUCCACCCUCAGGACCUCAGCCUUCCUCUGGUGAUGGGUUCCCGCAUCCUGGGCCUGGAGGUCACGGGGGUCCUCUGAGAGGUGGGGGUAUGCCCCCUGGCCCCCCUCCCCCCACUGGUCAACCACUGCCCCCCCAGCUACACUCUCAGAUGGCUGGCAUGUCCAUCAAUGGUCCCACAUCACCUCCACCACAAAAUAAUUUCCCCGCCCCACCAGUUAAGACUGCUGCUCCUACUAGUAGUUUUCCGCCGGCCGUCAAUGGAACUUCUCCCCCAGACUUGAUCAGUCCUGGGUACAUGAAUGGAGCUCCACAAGUGCCAGGACCUGGGCGAGGUCCCAUGCCUCCGCCUCAGCAAGGGAAGUACCCCUCGCCAACACAACCUUCGCAGGAGAUGUACAGUAACAGCGGUGGCUACCCUGCAGUGAACAGCUACGGAGGUCCACAACCAGGUGGUUAUCCACCUCAGCCGCAGGCACAACCACAGCCACAGCCCGGCUAUCCUGGCUACCAAACAGCCAGCCACCCGCCUGCCCCAGGUGCCUACCCUGGCCCCACCUAUCCUGGCCAGCAGGCGCCUCAGCGUCGUCUUGAUCCUGACCAGAUGCCUAGCCCUCUUCAAGUGAUGAUGGAGGACCAGAAGAGCAAGGGGGGAGUGUUCUACACCAACCAGAGAGGACAAGUACCACCUCUAGUGACCACACAGUUUGUGGUACAAGACCAGGGUAACUGCAGCCCUCGCUUCGUCAGAUCCACCAUGUACAGUGUGCCUGUCAACGUCGACAUGAUGAAGCAGACGGCCGUGCCAUUUGGUCUGGUGAUAAGUCCUCUGGCCCGUCAGCUAGACGAGGAGCCUCCUCCUCCCAUCGUAGACAUGGGAGACCUGGGGCCUGUGCGAUGUAUCCGCUGCAAGGCCUACAUGUGCCCCUUCAUGCAGUUCAUAGAUGGAGGCAGACGCUUCCAGUGUCUCUUCUGCAAAGCAACUACUGACGUUCCUGAGGCGUACUUCCAGCACUUGGACCACACAGGCCAGCGCAUCGACAGAUACGAACGGCCAGAACUGGUUUUGGGCUCCUACGAGUUUGUUGCUACCAAGGAGUAUUGCAGGAAUGACCAGUUCCCCAAACCCCCAGCUGUCAUUUUCAUGAUUGAUGUUUCAUACAACAACAUGAAGUCCGGCUUGGUACACCUGUUAUGUUCUCAAAUGAAGGACAUUUUACGGAACCUACCCAGAGAGCCUGGUCAAGAAAAAUCCAGGAUGAGAGUUGGUUUCGUCACAUACAACAACUCUGUUCACUUUUACAAUGUUAAGGGAUGUCUGGCUCAGCCCCAGAUGCUGGUGGUAGGAGACACCAAUGAGAUGUUCAUGCCGCUGUUGGACGGGUUCCUAGUGGACCCAGAGGAGAGUGAGGCUGUCAUAGACAGUCUGAUGCAGCAGAUACCAGACAUGUUUGCCGAGACCAGGGAAACUGACACCAUCCUCGGCCCCGUCGUACAGGCUGGCAUGGAAGCUCUCAAGGCGGCUGAAUGUGCUGGAAAACUGGUGGUGUUCCAUACUUCGCUCCCUACUGCUGAAGCUCCUGGCAAACUGAAAAACAGGGACGAUCGUAAACUGCUUGCCACAGAGAAAGAAAAAACUGUAUUAAAUCCUCAGACCAACUUCUACAACAACUUGGCACAAGAGUGUGUAGGUGUUGGAUGUAGUGUUGAUCUGUUUGUCAUGAACAACUCGUACAUUGACCUCGCUACCAUCGGCCAAGUCUGUCGCCUCACUGGGGGAGAGAUAUUCAAGUACACGUACUUUCAGGCCAAUAUCGAUGGUGACCGCCUGAUAGCGGAUGUCAAGUAUGACAUAGGAAGGCCGAUCGUGUUUGAUGCCAUCAUGAGAGUCAGAACCUCCACAGGAGUUCGCCCCACUGACUUCUUUGGUCACUUCUUCAUGUCCAACACCACGGAUAUGGAGCUGGCUUCUAUCGAUUGUGAUAAGGCUGUGGCACUAGAGGUGAAGCAUGAUGAUAAGCUGACGGAGGAGGAAGGCGUGUUUGUACAAGUCGCCCUGCUACACACUUCUUGCAGCGGCCAGAGGAGAAUCCGCAUUCUCAAUCUCUCACUCAAGACAUGUAGUCAAAUGGCAGACCUUUACCGGGCCUGUGAGCUGGACACCAUAAUGAACUUCUUUGCUAAACAAGCACUGUUCAGACUGAGGGAGAACCCACCUAAGCAGGUUAAGGACUCACUGGUCCAAAGAUGUGCCAUGAUGCUGGCGUGUUACCGCAAGAACUGUGCGUCGCCCAGCUCAGCAGGACAGCUGAUACUGCCAGAGUGUAUGAAGCUGCUGCCACUCUACGUCAGCUGUCUACUCAAGAGUGAUGCUGUCUCUGGAGGCUCGGAUAUGACCAUAGAUGACAGGUCGUUUGCCAUGUACGCUGUCAACAUCAUGGACAUUCCCAACUCGGUAGCUUACUUCUAUCCAAGACUCAUCCCUCUUCACGACAUUGACACCGAGUCUUCUGACAUUCCAUUGCCCAUCCGAUGUUCAGCAGAGAAACUCAGAGAUGAUGGUGCUUAUUUAUUAGACAAUGGUAUCCACAUGUUCCUGUGGCUGGGCCUAACGCUGGCCCCAGACUGGGUACAAGCUGUGUUUGGAGUCCCGACUGUAGCGCAAGUCAACACUGAUGACACCAAACUGCCUGAGCUGGAUAACCCACUGUCACAGAGGAUACAGGAGCUCAUAGCCAUCGUACGCUGCGAGAGGCAUCGCUUUAUGAGGCUCACUUUGGUGAGACAGAGGGACAAGAUGGAAAUGGUAAUGAAACAUUUCCUGGUCGAGGAUAGAGGCAUGGAUGGAACAGCCUCAUAUGUGGACUUUCUAUGCCACAUGCACAAGGAAAUCCGCUCAAUUCUGAGUUAACAGAAGUGAAAUUUUAUGAUUACUGUAAUUCUUAUACACAAAACAUUCACCAUGUUAUGUGAUGUCAGGUGCAGUCAGUAUGAAACGAAUGUUUAUCUUACAGAAGUUGCGAACACUUGUAAUAUAUUAGUUCCGAUAUUUUGUUGAUGAUUAUUGUAUUAGUUGUUAUAUUGUAUGUACUGCUGGAAUAUUGGAAUAAAUAUAUGAAAUAUUUGCUA